AUGGGUCCCUGUACGGCCUCCCAUUGCUGCUGACUUCAUCGCCAGACUCUGCCAUGUGCCACUUUCAGGUCUCCUCACACUGCUGGUGGGUUCCAUUUUGUCAUAGGGUGCUGUAUGGCCUCCCAUUGCUGCUGCCUCCACCGCCACACUGUGGCUCCACACUCUGGUUUUGGCCCCGUGACUGCCCAAAUGAGUGAAGUGUGCGGUGAUUCUAAGAUCGACGGCACUCAUCUGCAUGUCAUACUGACUGACAGUAUUAUUUCUCUUCCCCAGCAGACUCCAAGGGCAUUUAAAUUAAAGGUACAGUGUUCUGCACUAAUAUAA